UCAAAACUUAAAAAAGAUUUGUUUGGAGAUUUUCUUGGGCCAUUUGGCUCAUUCUCGCGUUUAGAAACUGCCACAUUUUGACAAAAAUGGCAAAAAAGAAAUAAAAGGGGAGCGAUUUCCUUGCAUGAUUUUUUGGCCCCUGGCAUUAUCCACCCACCACUCCAGUUCUCCAAACAUUUCAUUCUCCAUUUGUUUUUACCUUACCCGGUCGGUUUUACACGGGCGGUGAAGAACUGACGUUGAUUCCUGACAGGAUCGAGCGCGAAUCUGGAGCAUAACGCUCGAAUCACUCGCCCGUUGACUGGCGCUGACUGACAGUCAACUCAAGUCAAACCCCGCAUGGCGCGGACCAAGUGUCGCCGCGCCCUUCGCACUGCAUGCAUGCAAGGCUCGUAUUUAAGAAAUGGAGCAAAGUUUCUUUUCUUGGAGCUCCGGUUGGAUCGUCGAGUCGAUCGAUCGGUUUCGUUUUUCACGCCCGCGAGGAGAAAUAACUUGGGCUGCCAUGGCGGAUCGAGCGACGGAUCGAGCUCGCGAGCACGCUGGCCGCGCGCAAGAGCAGGCCCGGGGCAUGAUGCAGAAGAUCCAGGAGCGAUCGCCCAAUUCCAAGCAGGUGUUGGGGCUCUUGACAAUCAUCACUGGAGUGGUGGUGGCGCUCGUCAUCGGCGGCGUCACGCUGGGAGGAACUGUCUUAACUCUGCUCCUCGCAUCGCCGGUUUUUCUCCUCCUUAGCCCGGUUCUCGUCCCCAUUGGCAUCGUCAUCGCGCUCGCUACAGGCGGAUUUCUCUCGGCCAGCGCCGUGUUUGUGGGAUUUUGCUCCGUGGUAUCUUGGCUCUACAACUACGCUCGCGGCAGGCAUCCCGUGGGAGCCGAUCAAAUCGACGCUGCCAAGCACAGGAUUGCCGACACUGCUAGCCAUGUAACCGAGAAGGCUCGCGAGGUGACGGGGUAUUUGCAAUCUAGAGUUCCAGAGGCUGCUCCAGGUGCUUGAUCAUCUUGAAAAAAGG